GUCAGUUGGCCGCUGUCCGUUGCACAGUUCGCACGUUGCGCUAAAAUAAAAAACAACUACAACGGCGACAAUUCUCGUAAAUAAAUGGCUAAAAAUAUUCAAACAGUAACAGACCAAAAAAUAAUAAAAAAAAAUAAGUACAAGCAACGCCCCAAUCGAUUCAGUUUGCAAAAACUAAUAAAGUAAGUCCCAACAAAUGCCAACACGUUUGCCCAAUUUGGAAUAUGCAGUGCGGGUAAUUGAAACGUGAUAUAUGUGGGAUAAGUGCGCAAUCCUAACUGCAGCAACUUUUAGCCAAGUGCUUCCGAUUAGGUGUCGUGACGUAUGUGUAUGUGGAGGGCUUUAAAUAUAGAGCAACACACUAGUCGCCUAGUUGCCAGUAGCUAGCAAGUCGCAUGGUCAAGUGCCGGUGAUAAGCGUGCCCGCUGCCGAUAAGACGGGGGCGCCAAGUCGUAAAAACAAAUUUAAAUCAAAGCUCACAUUUAGCAUUUUGCGUAUAAUAUAAACAAUAACAAUUAGUUAAGGUCCAUAUACAUGUUGAAUUCUACACAACAAAAGAACGAAAAACAAUAACAAAGCGCGCUCAAAAUGCCAAAACGUCAAAGCGCUGCUAGCUUAACCCAUGACAUCGCAGCUGGCAUGGAACGGGAACUUGAACUAGAAUUGGAACUGGAGCUGGAGCGGCCGCUGCUGUCGUCGAAGGAGCAUGCCAAAAUUCCUUUGUGCGUCAUGCACGACACAGCCGGCAAACCGUCCCCUAUAACCACGCCCACACAGUCGCCGAUGGCGGCGGCGGAGCCCGGAACAGGGCCAGCUGACGAUGAGGAUGAGACCGAUGUGAUUGGCGAUCUAAUGGGUCACUAUGGCAAGUGGCAGCUGCUAAUGACAGUGCUGCUGUCGCUUUUCCAGGUGCCAAACACCUUUCACAUAUCCUCGUCCGUCUACCAGGCGGCCAACAAGGAGUUCUGGUGCCAGCGUCCACCACAUCUGCAGCAAUUGCCCGUCGAUGUUUGGCGUAAUCUGAGCAGCUCCCACGACAAUUGUCAUAUGCGCGCUGGCAUCGAUUGGAGCCAGCUGAGCAACGAGACGUUGCCCGCACAGAUGGAGCAACAGGCGGCGUCAGCAGCAGCAGCAGACUCUGCCAACGACGGGAAGCUGAUUGCCUGCAACAGCUGGGAGUAUGCGACAGACGACAAUGUCGGCAACACUUGGACCUCGCAGUGGGAUCUGGUGUGUGACAAGGAGCAUUUGAAAAAUGUAGCCGAGAUGUUCUUUCUACUUGGCGUUGCAACAGGUGGCAUUAUUUCCGGCUACCUCUCUGACAAGUUUGGUCGCAAAACAAUGCUCUUCAUAUCGGCCGUGCUGCAGACCAUAUUCGGCCUCUGGCUGUAUUUCUGCAGUUCCUUUGAACUAUACUUAACUCUUCGAGCCCUUUUAGGACUCGUCUCCGUCUCGGUAACCUACUCGGGCCUCAUUUUGGCAAUCGAAUAUGUGGAUGGCAAGUGGCGGACCAUAGCCGGCAUGUACAACCUGUUCCCACUGCCAAUAUCGUAUAUGAUCAUCUCUGGACUAGCUUAUUUGACGCAAGACUAUCAAAGUCUGCAGCUGUGCAUCGGUAUUCCGGGCAUUUUCCUUUGUUUUCUCUGGUUUGUGGUGCCGGAAUCACCGCGCUGGCUGCUGGUCAAGGGUCGUAUUGAGGAAGUCAGACGCAUCAUUGAAGCGGCGGCCGUUUUCAAUGGACGGCAACUGCCCCCGGACUACCAGCUGACGCCGCCUACGCAGGAGAGUAGCUCACAAGACUUCACGUAUCUGUUCCGGUCCAGCUACUUGAGGCGCAUCUCCAUCUGUUUUCUGUGCAUUUGGUUCACCAUGAACCUGGUCUACUACGGUAUUAUCUUGAAUAUGAGCUCGUUCGGUGGCAAUGUCUACUUGAAUUCGGCGCUAGCUGGCCUAGUCGAAAUACCUGCCAUUGCGGUGGCCAUGUACAUUAUCACCAAGGUGGGCAAGAAAUGGCUCUUUUGUGCCACCCUAUUCUGUGCCGGCGCUGCCUGUUGCUGUGCAGCGAUCACUGAGGGACGCGAGGACAUGCUCUGGCUGAAGAUCACAUUCCUGAUGAUGGGCAAGUUUACGAUCAGCGCUGGCAAUACCAUUAUGCCCGUUUAUACAGCCGAACUGUAUCCCACGGCCAUUCGCAAUGUGGGCGUGGGCGCUUGCAACGUGGCCGCCGGAUUGGCGCUCAUAUUGACGCCAUAUUUAUCGCUUCUGAACAAAAUCGAAGGCCACCUGUUGAUGACGUUGCUUACCGCUUGGAGCAUUUUUGGGGGCUUUGUGGUGCUCUUUCUACCGGAGACGGCAGUGCGAAAAAAUGCACCAUCCGCAACAAAUCGCCAGAAUGCAGCUAAGCAGGUGUAAUCAGUUACAGAGACGUUGCCAAAAUACGCCACCCACGCCCCAUACAAUACUUCUGGCACCUAAGAAAUAUUUUGGCUGGUCCAAAGUAUGUCAAUGAGCACCCAGGAUACCAGAUAACUACUUAAUAUCAAGCUGUACCCACUUGAAUCGUUGCCCAGCCCCGAUUUAACAUAUCCACCGCCUCAGCCACCGCCACCUUCUACUAACCAAGAACUCAAGUAAAUAGCGCAAUUUAUCGAAUGUCCACGGAAUGCCAUAAGUCUAAAAGUCAGGCAGGACCUUAUUUGCGUAGCAAGUAGUGAGUAUUUAAAAAUGAAAUAAUAUACUGAAAGAACAAAAAAGUUAUUCGUAAUGUAACAAUGGCUUUUAGCUUAUAAUAGUGUAAGAACAAAAGAACAAAGUCACAAUUCGUAGUUAAAUCACUUCGGUGUCAUCGAAGCUAUACAAAUUUCACAUAAAUAUACUGCAACAGGAAAUGUAAUGAGCAAUUAACAAUUUUUUCAUAUUUUACAAUAUUUAAAAGUUACUAAACAGUGUUUAUUAUUUUUUAAAAAUAUUAACUUGUUUCAUUUCCACCUACUCCCAAACACUUGUCAAGUGUAAUCAU